AUGAGCUCCUCCUCCAAUGAACCACCCGCCCAAACCUUCACAGGCUGGGUCGCCCACGACGCCACAAACCCCCUCACCUACACCACCUUCACGCCCAAGCCCUUCACAGAAACCGACAUCGAGAUCCGCGUCACACACUGCGGCAUCUGCGGCACAGAUGUGCACACUCUCCGCUCUGGCUGGGGCCCAACCGACUACCCCUGCGUAGUCGGCCACGAAAUUAUCGGCAUAGUAGAGCGCGUCGGCGCCGCCGUGCCAACCCUCCACUCCUCCCCCGCCUCAGCAUCCAUCCGCAUCGGCGACCGCGUCGGCGUCGGCGCACAGAGCAUGUCCUGUCUCCGGCCGGACUGUGAGGCCUGCGCAGACGGGCAGGAGAGCUACUGCGCGCGCAUCACGGGCACAUACAACGGGCGGUACGCAGACCAGAGCAAGUCGUACGGCGGAUUCGCGAGUCGGUGGCGCGGGCCAGCGCACUUCGUCUUCCAGAUCCCAGAUGCGCUGCCCAGCGCCGAGGCUGCGCCGCUGCUCUGCGGGGGCGUGACUGUUUACGCGCCGCUGCGCAAGUACGGCGCCGGCGCGGGGAAGACAGUGGGCGUAGUGGGUAUUGGCGGACUGGGCCAUUUGGGGAUUCUGUUUGCGCGGGCGCUGGGGGCGGACCGAGUCGUUGCGAUUUCGCGGUCUUCGAGUAAGCGGGCGGAUGCGUUGCAGGGACUGGGCGCGGAUGCGUUUAUUGCUACUGGUGAGGAGAAGGGGUGGGCGAAGACGCACUCGCGGAGCAUCGAUAUUCUCUUGUGCACCGUGUCUGGACCGGGAAUGCCGCUGGGCCAGUAUUUGCGGCUGCUGAAGCGGGAUGGGACCUUCGUGCAGGUGGGGGCGCCGGAGGAGGCGCUGCCGCCGCUGAUGGCGUUUUCGCUGAUCCAGAAGAGUGUGAAGGUUACCGGGUCGAAUAUUGGGUCGCCGGAGGAUAUUCGGCAGAUGUUGCGGCUGGCGGCGGAGAAGAGGGUAUUGCCUUGGAUUCAGAAGAGGCCGAUGGAUGAUGUGAACGCGGCGUUGAAGGAUAUGCAUGAUGGGCGGGCGAGGUAUCGGUAUGUGCUGGAGAAUGGUGAUGCCCAGGCGAAGCUGUAA